CGUAGUAGAACACUGUCACUCGCAAGACAACGAUUCUUUUGGAUAGGAAUGAAAAAAGAUAUUGAUGACUAUGUGAAGAAUUGUCGCCGAUGUGUGGUUGGUAAAACCUCAGAACCUCAUGCAUGUGCUCCAUUAGAAAGUAUCCGAACAUCAGAACCCCUAGAACUUGUCUGUAUCGACUUUUGGUCGGCAGAGAUCAAAGAAGGAAAGUCUGUGGAUGUGCUGAUUGUGACGGAUCAUUUUACGAAAAUGGCCCAUGCAUUUCCAUGCCAGAAUCAGUCAGCCAAACAAGUUGCGAAAAGGCUCUGGAAUGACUUCUUCCUAGUCUAUGGAUUCCCCAAAAGAAUUCAUUCUGAUCAGGGGGCUAAUUUCGAGAGCAAGCUAAUCAAAGAACUGUUGACCAUGGCGGGUGUAAACAAGUCACACACAACACCAUAUCACCCCAUGGGUAAUGGCAUUGCCGAGAGGUUCAACAGGACUCUUGGAAGCAUGAUCAGGACAUUGCCUCCUAAAGUGAAAUCAAAAUGGCCACAGAUGCUACAGCAACUUACCUUCUGUUACAACUGCACAGAACAUGAGACAACGGGUUUUGCGCCAUUCUUUCUUAUGUUUGGCAGAGUUCCUCGUCUCCCAGUUGAUGUCCUGUUUCAAAAUGUGCUUCUAAAUGAGGAUGUGGUGGAUUACAAAGAUUUUGUGUCCAAGUUGAGGAAAGACUUGCGGGAAGCAGCACAUAUAGCACGGAUGCACACUCUGAAAGAACAGGAACGACAUGGAAAAAUCUAUAACAGAAAGGUGAAGGGCUGCCCGCUGACUGUUGGUGACCGAGUACUGGUUGCGAACAGAGGUGAAAAAGGUAGAAGAAAAGUUGCUGACAAAUGGGAGUCAUCACCAUAUGAAGUCAUGACUGUGUAUCCUGAUAUCAAUGUCUACAGGAUUCGUGAAAUCAACUCAGACAAAGUGAGGGUAGUCCAUAGAAAUCUUUUAUUACCUGUGAACUUCCUACCAGUUGAUGACCCUCAGGAACAGGAUGGAAAGGAUGAUGACGUGAAUGAUGAAAUUGAUCUACACGGAAAUAAAGUCGACCUUGAUGACAGAACUGCAAACUGGAUAUUAAGUCAUCCUGAUGGUUUUGAGGAGGAGGAUGGACGUACAAACUGUACAGACUUGCUUGUUGUGUCAGAUUGUGUGUCAGAGAUACUGGACUCCGCAAGCACUGAUGCUGAGAACCUGCAGGAAAGAAGUGACGUCAACGUGAUAAGUGAUGUUGAAAGAAGUGAUGUAAAUGUAACAAGUGAUGUUGAUUUGCCUGAAGUGGAAGGCCAAGACUCUAACUUGACUCAAAGAGAACAGGUCACAGAUGAGGUCACAAAGGAGCCUGUGGUGUGCACACAGCCACGGCAUGUUGAGGCUGCAGUAACUCGUACUAGGCUUGGCAGAGUCAUUAAGCCUCCUAAAAGACUGAUCUAUGAAAUGAACAAACAACACAUAGACAAUUCAGACUCUACAGUGAGUUCUUUCGUUUAUUUAGUUAAAAGCAUAUUCACAUAAAAAAGUUCAAUUUGAUUUCAUGCUGAGUUGAGAACACAAAGGAAACUCUGAUACAGAGAUUCUAAAUCAAAUGGGUUGGUACAUAAUGGAAUUUUUGAGGUGUAACGGGCAUCUC